AUGGCGGCGUCUUCAGCUACGGCUGAAUGUAAAGAAGAAUGUAAAGAUAAAGAUGACGAUGCAUUAACCACAACGCUACAUUCAUGUGCAAACGAUCCAGAUUUUGCGGUAAUUUGUGCAUUUUUGCAAAAAUUUGCCAAAGAUUUGGGCUUGGCUUUGCCAAAUUUCAAGCAUUUGCAGGAGUGGUUGACAAACAACGAUGAAGUGGCCGAACUGCGCGAUCUGCACAUUAAGCUGUUGCGUAAAACACGCAAAACGGUGCACGAAAAAAGUUGGGAAUCAUCGGUAAGCAAAUUCUGUUUCGGCUACUCCCUGCAGGAUGCCUGGGAGAUUGAGCGAUUCGGCUAUCGCAACUCCAGCCUGAAGGUCAAGCUGCGUAUCCUACGCGAACUGCUUGAGAGCCAAUUCGAACGUAAUGCCAAAUUUCGUGCGAAUAUUCUAACGCAAAAUGCGAGCACAUUGCGUGCACAGCCAAUAGGGCGUGAUCGUUUGGGCCACGCGUACUGGCUAACACAGGAUGGCGACUGCAAUUUGCGCAUUUAUCAAGAGCAUUUGGACGAGGAGAUAUGGCAGGUGGUGGCCACCAAUCGAGAUGAAUUUGUGAAUUUAAUUGCACGCCUGCGCGGCAACGAGGUGGUGCUGCCCUCCAAGGAUAUCGGCGAGGCAGAUGAGGAUACCACAAGCAGCAGCAGCAGCAGUCACAAUGCACCGCCGCCAGCUGCAACCACAGAACAGCGGUCGGAACAGGAUGAUGAUUCGCACGAGGCGAAGGUGCCCAACUUGAAGAUCAAGCUGCGCACGCCAGAGCAGCAGCAGCAGCAGGAGCAACCGGAACCGGAACCGAAGCCCAAGAAAGUCAAGCCACUGCUAAUUACACAGGCCAAACUGAGCGGCUCGCCAGCGCCGGCUAAGAAGAGGCCUUUGGAGGAUUCGGACGGUAGUCCACCUUUGGCGUCGGAGGAACAGCAUAAGAAGCAGCGACCCACACUGUUGGACACAAAACGUAUUAAGAAGCCAAGUCGCUAUGAGAGCACCAAAUCCGAAGAUGACAACGAAGUCGACUCGGAAGACUCGGAGCUGGAUGAGGGCGAGGAGGAGGAGGAGGAAUCGCUUGACGGCGAAGAAGAAUCCCUUGAUAAUGACGAAGUCGGCGAAGCCAUUGAAGAGCCCACGUUAAUAGUUCGAGGCCAGGGAGCCGGUCGUGACUGCCAGGCAUUGCCCGAAUAUGUACAGUUUCUUAGCGACUUUGCAGCUAAUGAGGAAUUGGAUGCGCCUGUGGGCGAGACAAUCGUUGAACCGCUCUACUAUGUGCUCGGCUCAGGCAGCGGCGCUGAGUGCCUGGUUGGCAAUGGCAAUACUGAAACCAAUGCUGAGGAGGAGCCCGCAGCAAAGACCGAGCCAAAGGCGACGUUCUUUUUCGGCGAGCCAGGCUGCCUUAAACUAAGUCCCAUAAAACAGACGCCAAAGCAGGAAACAAAACGCAGCAUAUUCGAUAGCAUAGGCGAGCCAGAACCAGAGCCAGAGCCAGAAAAAACCAAUGGAGAAAGCCUAAAGCCGGCAGAAAACGAAAAGAACGUGGCGCCAGUGCUCAAUGGAAAUGAAUCACCGGAGCAGCAGCAAGAGCUGGAAACAAAACUCCAGCCUAGCUCUGAAAGUGGCAAAGUUGUAGCUGAAGAAAAGGAGUCAGCACCAGAGCCAGUCGAAAUUGCGACUGAAAAGCCGAGUGCAACACAAGGAAUCUCAAAUGAACAAAAGGAGGAAAAGCCUGAAAAAUCCGAAGAAAACGUCGAGCAAGUGUACAAGGUGCGGCUAAUAGAAACGGCAGACGAAGCGCUAGAAAUUGUUAAGAAAAGCAUUAAAACCGAAUCAACAAUAGAGGCAGAUGAAUCGGAGUCCAGAAAGAAGCUUCAAACUGUAGCUGAAAAAACGGAAGAUAUUAAAAAACUAAACACAAAUCAUGCUGACAAAGAAGAAACGCCCAAACCCAUAAAAGAAGAAACGGCAGCGGAAAAGCCCGAAGAACCUGCAGCUGAACCAGCUAAAGAAACGCUGGAAAACAAUACGAAAACGGUUGCAAACGAACAAACUGAGCCACAGCAGGCAGUUGCAAUUAUCAGCGAAUCUGUUGAACCAGCUGCAAAUGGAGCAAAAAUCGUUGAAGCCGACGUAACCGCUGCUGCUGCGGCUGUUGCUGAAAUAUCAAUACCUGCUAGUGAGCCGAUAAUCAAAACGUCAAGCCUGAAAAGCCUGUAG